AUGUCGUCGUUCAAACGUAAAACACUAUCAGGUCGGGCUACCCUUCCCCAAGGCACUCGCCUUUCCCCAUUUUCCACUUCCACCGUAAUAACUUCAACUGGGAUACCCUCACUUGAUGAUAUUCUCGGUGGGGGACUACCCUUGUCCUGCUCUCUCGCUGUUCUCGCUCCCGAUCAUCAUUCGGCAUACGGAGAACUAGUGCAGAAGUACUUCGUAGCGCAAGGUCUUGCGUCUGGUCAGAAAGUCUGCAUUAUCCAUGACGAACCCCUGAGAUUUGCAAGGGAGGGCAUCUGGAUGGCAGGGAGUACUCUAUCGACGCCUGCACAAGCCAGUACAGCUGAGGAUGUGGACGACGAGAAAGCGAGUCAGCAUGAUGAUAAGAUCAAGAUUGCCUGGCGUUAUGAGCAGAUGAAGAAGUUCCAGACCACAGUCUCGUCCAACUCUCUUAAUGACGAUUUCUGCAUAGCAUUUGAUUUAACUUGCAGGAUCCCCACUGCAGCCCUCGAUGCUGCAAGACAGUCUGCUCAGCUGAUCCCGAUUGAUGUCGAUAUAUCUGAGGAUGGCACGGCAGUAAUCGAGCAGAUCGAGGAGCUACUGUCGAACGACACAAACGCACACGCUGUUCGAGUAUGUAUCCCUGCUUUAGGAUCGCCCCACUGGGGCGACAUGCAACCACCAACUGUGUUGACCUUGCUGCACUCGCUUCGAAGGCUCCUGCAUCGAUAUCCAAACGCUUGCGCUUCACUAUCUCUCGCCCCUCAUAUGUGUACGGAUACAUGGGGAGGACCUGGGUGGGUUCAAAAAGUGGGGUGGCUAACUGAUGCAGCAAUCUCGAUGUCGGCAUUUGGGGCUGACCCCUCGCUGUCUUCUCUUUUCCCUUCCCAUCACGGCAUCGUUCAAAUUCUUACACUUCCGGCCCCCCAUACCAUUCUCCCAGCCAGUGAUAAAUAUUCCACUCUCCGCGGCCUGUCAUCGGCUGCAGGGACAAUGGGUGGAAGCGGAGAAAAUAACCUCGCUUUCAAGUGCAUGCGCAAACGUCUUAUCUUUGAGACACUACAUCUGGACUUGGAAGGUGGUGUGACCGAGCGGCGGACGACACCUGCCUCGAGUGCUAUGGCCCUGGAUGCCGGCAUGGCGCAUGAAACGAUACCCGCCACUAUCCUCGCCACUGAAGGCAGAAAGGGUUCCCUUGCAACCGUGGAGGUUGAAUUUGAACAUUCCAAGGACGUAGGGUCUGAUGGGCCUACUCGGGCUAUGGCCGAUAUUACUGCUGAUGACUCUCUUGUUCCUGCAAAGCCAAAGAAGCCAAAGAAAAAGGUGGCAUUCCGUUCGGAACGUCCUGAUUUGUAUGAUUUUUGA